UAGACAAAUCAUUCAUCAACCACUAGAGAGCGCCCUCAAUACGGAAGUGAAGCUGUCAGUGCGAGACAGGAAAUGAAAGCAGGAAUCUUUUAACGGUGAAAGGAGCACAGACAGAUUGCAGUAUUCUUCCUAAUUCUUCUUUAAACAACAAAACAUAACGUCAAAAUGUCGAAAAAUACUGAUUCGAACCAAUUCAGGAAGGUGGACGUUGACGAGUACGACGAGAACAAAUUUGUCGAUGAUGAUGAUAAUGGAGAGAGUCAGGUCGGCCCAGAUGAAGCAGAAGUGGAUUCGCUGAUCAGACAAUAUCCUUUUACAUUGAUUUGAUUUACUAAGUGCACGGUUACAUUUGAUAGAGUGGUGUGAAGCCGAUACAGAUUUGCUGUGCUUUGUCGUGAUAUGAUGUUGCAGAAUGAAGUCGAUGCUUUUGCGCGUGUCACUUCAACUCAGGGCGUGGUGCUCUCAUGUCAUUUUAUUAUGACGAGAAAAUACAAUACAUGUUGUGCAGUCAGAUUUGGUGUUGUAUUCAGUAGAAGUUUAGUGGUGGUAGUAGUAGGCCUAAUAUUUUUUGUUUAUGAUCUGAAGACAGUAAUUUGUUUCAAAGCAGGUUCAGACAAGUUGAGGUUAGGAAGUGAAUUCCAGCAGUCAGUGAGUCAUUGAGUUUCUGAAACAUAAAAGCAACAUGAUUUGAAGAGGUGAAUCAAGCUGACCAUGGCUGUCUUAUCAGUGUGAAACUGUGUUGUGUGUUGUGUGUUGUCAUUCUGUCUGUUUUCCUUAACACUGUGAUGCACAGGCAACCUGAUGGAAGCUCUGCAGGCUGUGCUGAAGAAUCCCCCAAUCAACACCAAAAACCAAAAUGUUAAGGUGAGCCUUCAUUACAACACAAUAGAACCGUUUUGAGCAUUAAUAACAGUCCCAUGUGAAACAACUUGCCUUUGUGUUCCUCAAAAUACACUUUGAGCUUCCAUCUCCUCAAAACUGAACUGUAUAGUCUGUGGUUCACACAUCACGACAUCAUAGAGUUGAGGCAUGUGAAAGUGUGUACUUCCGUAGCAGAAGAUACUAAAAUAACACUGUGUGUGUGAUUGUGUGUGUGCGCUAUAGGAUCGUGCUGAAGCUCUGGUGCUUAAAGUGUUGAGCGCCUUCAAGAGUAGUGAUAUUGAGAAGGCUGUUCAGUCUCUGGAUAAGAAUGGAGUUGACCUGCUCAUGAAGUACAUCUAUAAGGGCUUUGAGAAUCCCUCCGAAAACAGCAGUGCUACCCUGCUGCUGUGGCACGAAAAGGUAAGACUUAUCCUUAUUGGUGUAUGGCUGGAAGCACUUAUGUAGGCAUGCUAAAGCCUGACUGAUGACUGAUAAAGCACAUGCAUGGAUUUCUAUUAUGAGGUGAUGACACUGAAGUACAAUUUAUGCUUAUAUUGCUGUUAUUGCUGGUAUUUCCAUAUAUCUAUCAUUUACAUUUCUAUCGCGCUUUUCAUAAUCUCAGAGCGCUUCAAAAGCACUGAAAACCCCCCAUAAAACAAUGCAUCAUCUUGAGUAGCCUUGUUAGUUCAACCAAUAGAGGCCAAGUCUUUGAGUGCAUGCAUCCUCCAAAGACGGCGAGGGACAGUUCAUGGCUUGAUCAGAGGAAGGUGGUCAGGGACAUGGUUGAAGAGUCUAUGUUAUGAUAGGGUAAGCCUCUCAGCUGUGGGAGGAUCCUACAAUUUUGCACCGAUUGUAUUCAUUUUAGGCUCAAAAGAAGCGCUUCGUACUCUUACAUCUGGUACACGUUAUAUUCCGCUAUGUUUUGUAUUUUUGUUUAUUUUCCUGUUUUUUGUUGUUUUGGAAUGUCCGGGAUCCCUGGGAUACAAUGCUGUGACAAUGUCAAUGAUUUAGCCAUUUGUAGGCACAUUUUGAAUCUGUAGAAUGACUAUAUUACCCAUAAUGUUCAUUGACUGGACAUUCCAAAUUAUCAUGGCAAUUAUGCGUCACAAUAGUAAUAGUAAUAUUCAGCCAGCAAUCUGCAGUAUCCAAGGUGCAGCAUCCUUUCAACUGCGCUGCUGCGCUUAUAGUCUAUGGCGGCACUGGCGGGCCUGUGCGUAAAAUCUUCAACAGCAGUCAGCAGAUCUCAUGACCCGCUGCCCUGUUUUCCCCAAUUCUUAAACUAAGCUUCAAAUCCUUUCAAAUAAUGCGGUCAAUUAGAGCAAGGUACAUAAUGAGUCAAACAAGCACUAGGCCUAAAACAUAGGCAACAAACGUGAGCUUUGCGCUCCCAGUUUUGAUGGGAGUCUUGCGUAACGGACAUGCAGGACCAUCCCUAACCUACAGGCCUACAGUUUUUUAAUAGAUAUGGAUAAGAUGGGUUCAUGGUAUGCGCAGUUGGUAGGCUCAUGGGUAGGCUCAUGGGUCCCGUGUGGCUCAGUUGGUAGAGCAUGGCGCUUGCAACGCCAGGGUUGUGGGUUCGAUUCCCACGGGGGACCAGUACGAAAAACAAUGUAUGAAAAUGUAGGCACUGACUACUGUAAGUCGCGCUGGAUAAGAGCGUCUGCUCUUAUGUAAAAAUGCCUAUCAAAACAUUUAAUUUUAAAUAGAAAGCAAGUGCCAUGAUCCCAAGGGAAAUAAGCCUAUGGGAGGAAUAUGAAUUUACAUUAAUUUAAAUAUUGUACCUGUAAUACCCACCCCCCGGACAAAAUAAAUACAUUGGUCACAAAAAAAAAGGCCUAUGGGAGUUUUUUCUAUAUCCAGUGACCAAAAACCUGAACAGAUGAACACAUUUUUGAUUUGCAGAAGGGGGGAAUUGCAUUGCAAUUAUGCAUCACAAUAGUCAUUCUAUUGUAGGCUUCUGUUUUUAAAUAGAUAUGGAUAACAUGGGUUCAUGGUAGGCCUAUCAAAGCAUGCCACACCAACACACGCACCAGCGAGUGGGCAUAUCGCACAUCUCACUGACUUUAGUAACGGUCCAGAAAGCAAGUGCCUACAACAAUUUUUUUUUUUUUAAAUGCUCCAGAGUUGAAAAUGUUGGUAUCCUAUCCAGAGACCAAAAAGCUGACCAGAUGAACAUAUAGGCUAUUACAUUUGCAGGAGGGAGGAAUUGCAUUGAAUCAAAAUAUUAAUGUCCAAUGGGUGCCGCUAGUUGCUGAUAUAAUGCUAUUAUUUGCAUUCACUGUAUUCAUACUGUGUGUGUAUCUUUCUGUGUGUGUUCUAGGCUCUCUCUGCUGGAGGAGUGGGCUCCAUCGUGAGAGUGCUGACAGCCAGGAAAACUGUGUAGAGCUGCACUGGACCUGACUGACUGCCACUGGGACCACUCACUCA